AUGGGCGCACCUGAUAUGGUUGAACUGAAUUUCAUUGAUUCUGAGUUACAUUACCGUGUUAGGAAUGCUCUUAGAGCUGCUGUUAAGGGUGACAGCGAUUUUUAUAACCAGCUUGUAGCAGUGAUACACCAUAACAAUCGUCUGGCUGCAGAUGAGGUGGCUCUUCUUUUGGCGUGUCUGAAAGCAGUCACGGGAGCCGUUUCGUGUAUAGACAUUGUUCAUCAUAGAGCGCUUCUUGCCGCCAUAUUUGGAAUGAGUUUGUGGAACUACGGGACUGAUGUGAUGGAUGCAUUGGUUGGAUUACUUGUUUCCUUGGCGUCAUCAAGCGGGGAAUAUGUUGAUUUGUGCUUGGAUAUGCUUGUUGUGAAUUUUGUGCCUCCAUUCGCUUCUCCUUCUGCUACGAACUUUCUGGAACUUUUGAAAAAACCUGGCGGUCUUGCUAAGAAGGCUCAAGUUCUUGACCGGGUCCACUCAACCUUGAAAGAUAUUGCAAAUGUAGUCCCACUUUCACCUGUUAGACUGGAGAAGAUAGUGAGGGAUAGAAUGCCCAACAUAUACGCAAAAGAACCACACAUUGUUAUGUACGUGGAGAAUAUGUUGAGGCUAGAGGGUGGUGUGAUGGGCGAACUUGUUGGGAGCAAUAUUAUAGUUGCAUUAGUGGAUAGACUGAUUGAGUUGGAUGUGGAAAUAGCAUGGGAUGACAUUUUAGAGGAAGAUUUUCAUAAAGGUAUAUUUGAUAUGGAACUUGAGGACCUUAACGGGAAUGCAGGUGAUGUCGACCAAGAUUCAAAUGAGCUUACCCGGGAAGCCUUAAUACAAAGGUUCUUUAGUGGAAACUUAGUUGCUGAAAAGUUAGAUAGCCUGAUGGUGCUCACAUUCGAACACAUUAAAUCCUGUUUUGAGAGUGGACGUCUGGUUCAGGUGUUUGAGAUCCUUCUCCAAUCAUUUCAGAAAACAGUUUUGACUGCGUAUAAAGCAAAAUUUACCCAGUUUGUCAUGUUCUACGCUUGCUCACUGGAUCCUGAAAAUUGUGGAAAGAUGUUCCUGAACAUGCUUCUAGAUAUCUUUCUGAGCAGUCUCAAUCCCGAGUGGAGAAUGGGUGCUGUUGCAUAUCUUGCUAGUUAUUUAGCUCGUGCUAAAUUCGUGCCGGUAUCAUUUGUUGCUGACACACUGGAAAGUGUGGUGAGCUGGUGUUUCCUAUAUUGCAAAAACCAGGAUGGUGACAUUAAUCCAAAAGCUCAUAAAGUAUUUUAUGCUGGUUGCCAGGCAAUUAUGUAUGUUCUCUGUUUCCGGAUGAGACAAAUUGUGGCCAUACCCCGCCUCAAGUCCCAGCUACUGCUCAUGCGUAUUGAAGAUGUCAUUAGACACCCAUUAAGGCCAUUGCAGGUAUGCCUGCCAUCAAUAGUAGAAGAAUUUCUUCGGCUGGUGAAGGCAAAUGGUGUAUUUUCUCUGCCUCAAAGUCCCGUUAACUUUGGUCUCCUUGAAUCAGAAAAUUCAAUGGCGUUUGGCGGACUAAAAAGAUUGGACAUGUUUUUUCCAUUCGAUCCCUGCCUAUUAAAGAAAUGUGACAGCUAUAUCCGGCCAAAUUAUGUUUAUUGGUCGAUGGUAAGAAGUAGUUAUGAUGAUGACGAUGAUGGAGAAGGUAUGAGCGAUGAAGAUGAAGAUGAAGAUGUUGGUGGGGCCUAUGAAGGAGAUGGAAUGAGUAUUCCGGACAAUGGGAGUCGGAGGAGUUAUGAGGAGGAAAAUUCUGAUGCCGAUGAAUUUGAAUAUUCCCUGGACAAAAUGUCUAUUACGCCUAGAGACUUGAGCAGUAAGUUUGGAGGCGGACUACAAAACUUCAUGCAGAUGCCAUCGAAAAUCAGGCCUUCAAUGAGUCCCGAGUCAUUUUGA